UGUAUUAGAUUGCAGUGCAGUUGUAGCUUCUUUUGACGUUUUUUUGGAGUACCUUUAGUGAAUUAAUUGAAAUGGACGUAGAUAAAGUUCGCGCUUUGGAGUUGGCAGUUUCGUUUGUUUCCGAUCAGUGGAAGACAUUGAGUGAAGACGACAUUACAGUCAAUACUUUUGGCGGUGGUUACAGUGAUCGACUGUUCAUUGUUGAGGAUGUAUCGAAAGCAUCCAACGGUAAUCCAAUCAAAAAAUUCCUAAUCAGACUCUAUGGCGGUAAGUUGAUUGAAAAAGAUGACAUCAUUAAAGCCGGCAAAUGCGAAGCAAGUGAAGGCAUUGUGUUCUUCGUCAAUGGUGUUAAAGGGCUCGGACCAAAACUGUUAGGAGUUUUCGAUGGCGGACGAAUUGAAGAAUUUGUGCCAUCACAUCAACUUGUCGAGGCUGAUUUAACCGACAAGAAUAUUUCAUUGGAAUUGGUGCGGAAACUUGCCCGUUUUCAUGCUCUCGAAGUGCCAGUACCGAAACAAAAUCGCGAUCUACUCUCUAUAUCGGCGAUCCAUCAAGGCGAAUACAACAAGACCAUUACACUGAAAUUGGCGAAACGUGUCGGUAUCGAUCAAGAUGAAUUAAUGUAUUUCGAUGAGGACUAUGUAGCUGAACAUGCGUUCCUUCGUAGCUUUGAGACAAAGGUCGGUGGUCGACAGGUUCUUUGUCACGGGGAUCCCAACAAGAACAAUAUUUUAGUUCGAGACACACCGGACACAUUCAAUGAGCGUGUCAUGUUGAUCGACUAUGAAAUGGCUGCUACAGAUUACCGUGGCAUCGAUCUGGCCGCACUUUUCCUAUGCAAAAUGUUUGAAAUGACAGACGAUGGAGUUUUUCAUUUAGUUUGCGAAUGUCCCGAUGAAGAGUACCGUCACAUGAUUUUGACGGAAUAUUUGAAGGAAACGAAGAAAUUGAAUUACUUUGAAUUCGAUGCGAAUGGGCUGGACUCGGUUGAUCAUUUGAUGAUGGAAGUGGACUUCUUUGUAAUGUACGUUCUAGAAUUUUACAAGGGAUUCUUCAUGAAGAUGCCGAAUAGUGAAUUCUUUCAGCAACUACCAGAUGACGUGAUUAGCAGCUGGCUUAGAUUUAUUCCGAUAAUGGCAACCACAUAUGAAAGUCAAAAGAAAUGCUUUAUUGAGAGAUACAGCAAAGUCAUUUAGAUCUGUAACGAAAGACUCUCGCAGGAAAAUAAAUUUUCCGGUCCGGGAACACGAA